AUGGAUUUGGAGCAUCGAGUGAAGGCCUACCGUUUCGUCGCCUAUUCAGCUGUCACAUUCUCUGUUGUAGCGGUGCUGUCAGUAUGUGUAACUCUACCUAUGGUCUAUAAUUAUGUACACAAUGUGAAGAGGACUAUGCAUAAUGAAGUCAACUUCUGCAAGGGGUCGGCAAAAGACAUCCUAAAUGAAGUGAACCAACUCAGGCAAAUCCCAACUGGUAAUCGUACAGCGCGUCAGGCUGGUUACGGAGGAGAUGCUGCUGUAUCCGGCGGAAUAGUCAGCAAUGGUUGUGAAGCGUGCUGCCUUCCUGGUCCACCUGGACCUCAAGGACCACCUGGAAGACCCGGUAGACCAGGCAAACCUGGCGUUCCUGGAAUGCCUGGUAAACCCGGCCGUCCACCACAGCAACCCUGUGAGCCGAUCACACCACCGCCAUGCCGCCCAUGUCCACAGGGACCACCAGGACCGCCAGGACCCCAAGGACCUCCAGGAGACGCAGGACCAAAUGGACAGCCCGGAGCGCCUGGUCUUGAUGGCCCACCCGGACCACCAGGACCGAAAGGACCUCGUGGACCACCAGGAAAUCCAGGACCAGCUGGUCCACCAGGACCACCAGGACAGGAUGCAGUUUCAGAAGGAAUCAUUCCGGGAGAACCUGGACCACCAGGACCACCUGGACCUCCAGGACCACCAGGUCCAGAUGGUCUUCCCGGCGCACCAGGAGCACCAGGUCAACCUGGGCCGAAAGGACCUACUGGACCCGAUGGUCCACCUGGACCAGACGGAAAUCCUGGACGUCCCGGACCACCAGGACCAACUGGUCGGCAGGGUGAACCCGGUAUUUGCCCGAAGUAUUGUGCAAUCGACGGUGGAGUGUUCUUCGAAGAUGGCACACGUCGUUAA